AUGCUGGCUGCUACUGUUGGUAAACCCAUUCAAUGCGUUGCUGCUGUUGCGUAUAAUGCAAAGAAGUCAUUGAGCGUGGAGGAAAUCACUGUAGACCCACCAAAAGCCCAUGAGGUUCGUAUUAAAAUUGAAUUCACUGCUGUGUGUCACACUGACGCGUAUACUUUAUCUGGUUCUGAUCCAGAAGGCCUUUUCCCUUGUAUUUUAGGUCACGAAGGUGCCGGUAUCGUGGAAUCGGUGGGCGAUGAUGUCAUGACGGUCAAGCCCGGUGACCACGUUAUUGCUCUAUACACUGCUGAGUGUGGCAAGUGUAAGUUCUGUACAUCUGGUAAGACUAACUUGUGUAGUGCUGUCAGAGCAACGCAAGGGAAAGGUGUAAUGCCUGAUGGAACAACAAGAUUUCAUAAUGCUAAGGGCGAGGAUAUCUACCACUUUAUGGGUUGCUCCACUUUUUCGGAAUACACUGUGGUAGCUGAUGUGUCUGUAGUGGCUAUUGAUCCUAAGGCACCGCUGGACGCGGCCUGUUUACUCGGUUGCGGUGUUACUACCGGAUAUGGUGCAGCUAUUAAAACUGCUAAUGUACAGGAGGGCGAUACUGUUGCCGUGUUUGGUUGCGGUACCGUAGGACUUUCUGUCAUGCAAGGGGCAAAAUCAAGAGGCGCUUCUAAGAUUAUUGCUGUGGAUAUCAACAACAAGAAAAGGCAAUAUUCUUCUAACUUCGGUGCCACAGAUUUCAUUAACCCUAAGGAAGAUCUGGCUGAAGAUCAAACUAUUGUUGAAAAGUUAAUCGACAUGACCGACGGGGGCCUAGACUUCACUUUUGACUGUACUGGUAAUACCAACAUCAUGAGAGACGCUCUGGAAGCUUGUCAUAAGGGCUGGGGUCAAUCUAUUAUCAUUGGUGUUGCAGCUGCUGGCGAAGAGAUUUCCACCAGACCUUUCCAACUGGUAACUGGUAGAGUGUGGAAGGGCUCUGCAUUCGGUGGCAUCAAAGGUAGAUCUGAAAUGGGCGGCUUAAUCAAAGACUAUCAAAGCGGAGCCUUGAAAGUGGAAGAAUUUAUCACUCAUAGAAGACCAUUUAAGGAAAUCAACCAAGCUUUUGAGGAUUUGCAUAAUGGUGAUUGCCUAAGAACCGUUCUGAGGUUUCAGGAAGAAUAA